GAGACAGGAGAGGACACAGGAGACAAGGGGGAGACAGCAGUGGGUCAUCUGUCAGUCUGUUUGUUUGUUGUUUAGUCAGUGGAUGUUGUUUAUUUGUUUGUUGUACCACGGUGUCAGAUAAGGAUGUCAGGACAAAACAGUGAUCAACUGCACCGCACCACUCUGGCCAUUUAUACGAGCAUAAUGGAGCAGUUCAACCCAGGUCUGCAGAGACUGGCGGCACUGGGAAGCAACUACAUUCAGGCUUUCCAAGCCCUGGCCCUCACCAGUGAGGCCUAUUUCAAUGCUCUGUCUAAGAUGGGUGAACAGGCCAUGCAGAGCAUGUCAUCGCGUUUGCUGGGUGAUGUUUUGGUCCAGAUCUCAGACAGUCAGAGGAGAAUCACCAAUGAGCUGGAGGGAGUGUUCCGCUGGUUCCACUCCGAGGUCCUUCGAGAGAUGGACGACAAUGUCAGACUAGAUAAAGAAUACAUAUUGAACAGCAGGAGGCGCUAUGAGAUUGAAGUGAGAAACCAGGCAUCGACACUGGAGAGACAGAUGAGGCGAGGGGUCCCACAGGACGGCAGCGAAUAUGUGCACUUUCUCAGAGAGUGUCAGAGAGAGGCGUUAAAGGAGGAAGAAAGAAGAUAUCGAUUCCUGGCAGAGAAACACAGCGGCUUCACCCAGUCCAUUGCAUAUCUCAUGAACAAGACAGGGGGCGGCCUGCAAAACAGAGCAGAGGGGUGGAAAGAUCUGGUGAAUCACACGAGAGAAUCCCGUCCACGCACUCCUUCACGACUGGAGGACAACAUUCUUGAUGUAAACCGCUGGGCAGAGCAACCACUGGGCACGGUUCCCUCUAGAGGCCCCUCCCCUCAGCCCAGUCGUUCCAACUCCAUCUCGGGAUUGGCCGGAGGCAAAGUGAUGAGAGCACUGGUGCCCCACCCUCCCUCUGCAAACUCCACCCUCCUGCCGUUCUCCCAAGGAGAAACCAUCACCCUACUCGUUAAAGAGCCGAGGAACGGCUGGCUGUUCGGCCGCUCUGACAGCUCUGGACGGCAAGGCUGGUUCCCUGCUGCUUACGUAGGCCCCGUGGAUGAACCACCUGGACCUCCUCUCUCCAGUAGCAGCUCUUUCAGAAGCAGCAGCAGUAUGAGUAACCUCCUCAACCAACCCAUGAGCAGCAGGCAACAAACAGCUCCACCUGCACCUGCACCUCCGCCACCACCACCUCCGUCAACCAGAUCCAGCAAUUCCCGGCCGGUCACUCCCACCCCUUCAGAAAACAGAAGACAAGAUGACUAUGAGUCUCGACCACAACUUUUCCCAAGAGGCACAAAUCCAUUUGCCACUGUGAAGCUGAAACCCACCAAAACCAAUGACAGAUCAGCUCCACACGUAUGAAUAAUAUUUCAGCCAAUGGCACGUCAGCUCCUAAACAAUCAGUGCUGCACAUUUUACUGUACAUUGUUCAGCCAUUUUCAAAAACAUUAAUUUUCCAGAGUAGUCAGUACAAAGCAUCACAUUUAGAACAAAACGACUCAAGAAUGAUCAAUGACUAGUCUAUUGUCCAUUAAAGCAGGUCGUUAAGAUAAUUUACCUUUAUCUUCAGGCUGUUGGAGGGUCUGCGGCAGCAAACACAAUUAAUAACACUCUUAUAUGUUUAUAUGUUGGACUUGUUCUUACUAAACAGGGAAUGUAAAUGCAGGUCAGCUGAAGUGCUUUUAAGUGCUGAGAUAAGUGUGUCUUUUCCAUCUUUACAUUUUUAAAUAAUUGUAUAUAAUAUGCAUUAUGUAAGCAAAACACCUCUUAAAGCAUCACGUGUCUUCUGAAUGCACUCUAUAAAUGUAUACUGUCAUGUUUGAUGCUGUUGGGGCUGGUCUGACCUCUGGGACCCCAGCGUCUCUGAUAAGCGACUAUCAGUCUCUCUCUCCCGCUCUGUGCUUGAACUUUGUCUCUCGGCUCAGUUAAUUCAUCUGAUGCGUCCAAUUAUAAGCCGGCUCUAAAUUGGCUGUUCUGUCUGCUUAAGUGCCUAUAAAGUGAAUGUUCAUUUUAACCUUGACAGUAAUUGGUGUGACCUUCUCCUGAGGUGUCAAGCCCAUUAGUACAAACCCAUUUGUAGGGAUGUCUUGUAUGUUUUUUUUUAGAAUAUUUUCCUGUUUAAUUGAUGCUGAAUAUUCAAAACAGAAAUAUGUGCCUAUAUCACAGCAGUAAUUUGCGUCUGUUAUGAUUUGACCAGCGACUAUAGAAAAGAUACAAUUGUAGACUUUCUUGUAGAUAUCUUGAACUAAUUCUUUACAUCUUGAUCUGUUUAAUAAAUAAAACAAU